GAAAGUAAAAAAUAAAAAUGGCUUCCUUGACUGUGUAGUGUUUUCCCGCCGUUAUGCAUUAAUAACAAACAAAUAUUAAAAAUAAAUAUCUUUACUUGUGACAAAAGAAAAAAUUGAUUGUUAAAAAUUAAAACCAGAUUAUAUACAUUUGAAAAUAAUAAUAAUAAUAACAACAAACAAUCAUCAAAAUGCAUCGUCGUGGUGGUAAAAGAAUUAGAAUGGAUGAUCCAGUGCCACCAGAGUAUCAGGAACCAAUGACUCCAAUGACACCAAUGACACCAAUGACACCGAUGACACCAAUGACUGACAAUAUGAAUACUGAUCCACAAGAAACAUACAAUAAUCCAUAUGCAGUUUAUAAUCAGGGUUCACAAACACCAGCACAUACAUCAAUGGGUGAUGAAUAUUCAGCUGAUACAUAUAGUUCACCAAGUACAUCACAACAACAACAACAACAACAACAACAAGAAAUUACACCAGCAAAAGAAACAACAACAACAACAACAAAUGAUGAUAAUCAAUUUGAACAACCAAUGACACCAGCAGUUGUAUCAUCAAAUAUGAGAAUAACACGUAAUACACGUGCACGUUUACGUGGUGGUACUGUUAAUCAACCAAAAUACAGAGAAAUUGAUAAUGAUUUUCCAACACCAACAGCACCAGCAUCAUCAUCAUCAACAGCAGCAACAGCAACAACAGCUGUAAUAAAACAACAUAAAUUUGGUGCUGGACGUGGACGUGGUAAAAAAAUACAAAAUAAUAAUAGUAAUAAUGCAAAUAUAAAUAUAAAUACAAAUACAAAUACAAAUACAAAUGUUAAUUUAAAUACAAAUGAUGAUAUUAAUAAUGGUGGUGGUGGUGGUGGUGAUGAAGAUAGUCUUUAUAAUGUUAUUCGUCAUAAUCGUAUGUCAUUAACAAAUAUUGUUGAUGAUUGGAUUGUUAAAUAUAAAAUGAAUAGAGAUAGUGCAUUAUUAAUGUUGAUGCAAUUUUUUAUAAAUGGUAGUGGUUGUAAAGGACAUAUAACAUCUGAAAUGCAAGAACACAUGGAACAUGUAUCAAUAAUACGUAAAAUGACUGAAGAAUUUGAUGAAGAAAGUGGUGAAUAUCCAUUAAUAAUGACUGGUCAACCAUGGAAAAAAUUUCGUGCAAAUUUUUGUGAAUUUGUACAAAUACUUGUACGUCAAUGUCAAUAUUCAAUAAUAUAUGAUCAAUUUUUAAUGGAUAAUGUUAUAUCAUUAUUAACUGGUUUAUCUGAUUCACAAGUACGUGCAUUUCGUCAUACAGCAACACUUGCUGCAAUGAAAUUAAUGACAGCACUUGUUGAUGUUGCAUUAAUUGUAUCAGUUAAUUUAGAUAAUACACAACGUCAAUAUGAAGCUGAAAGACAAAAAGCACGUGAAAAAAGAGCAAAUGAUAGACUUGAAUCAUUAAUGUCAAAACGUAAAGAACUUGAAGAAAAUAUGGAUGAAAUUAAAAAUAUGUUAACAUAUAUGUUUAAAUCAGUAUUUGUACAUCGUUAUCGUGAUACAUUACCAGAAAUAAGAGCAAUAUGUAUGGCUGAAAUUGGUAUUUGGAUGAAAAAAUUUCAUCAAAAUUUUUUAGAUGAUUCAUAUUUAAAAUAUAUUGGCUGGACAUUACAUGAUAAAGUUGGUGAAGUUAGAUUAAAAUGUUUACAAGCAUUACAGCCACUUUAUGCAUCUGAAGAAUUAAAAGCUAAACUUGAAUUAUUUACAAGUAAAUUUAAAGAUAGAAUUGUUGCAAUGACACUUGAUAAAGAAUAUGAUGUUGCUGUACAAGCUGUUAAACUUGUUAUAUCAAUAUUAAAACAUCAUCGUGAAAUAUUAACAGAUAAAGAUUGUGAACAUGUUUAUGAAUUAGUAUAUUCAUCACAUCGUGCUGUUGCACAAGCUGCUGGUGAAUUUUUAAAUGAAAGAUUAUUUACACCAGAUGAAGAGGCAAUUGCUGGUAUUAAAACAAAACGUGGUAAAAAACGUUUAUCAAAUACACCAUUAAUACGUGAUUUAGUAUUAUUUUUUAUUGAAUCAGAAUUACAUGAACAUGGUGCAUAUUUAGUUGAUUCAUUAAUUGAAACAAAUUUAAUGAUGAAAGAUUGGGAAUGUAUGACUGAUUUAUUAUUAGAAGAAGCUGGUCCAAAUGAAGAAUCACUUGAUAAUCAAAAAGAAACAUCACUUAUUGAAUUAAUGGUAUGUUGUAUUAAACAAGCAGCAACUGGUGAAGCACCUGUUGGACGUGGACCAACAAGAAAACAAUUAUCAGCUAAAGAACAAAAACAAGUACAAGAUGAUAAACAAAAAUUAACUGAACAUUUUAUUGUAACAUUACCAUUAUUAUUAGAUAAAUAUCGUGCUGAUCCAGAAAAAUUAGCAAAUUUAUUAUCAAUACCACAAUAUUUUGAGCUUAAAACAUAUAGUAAAUUACGUGAAGAAAGAAAUUUAGAAAGUUUACUAGAAAAAAUACAUAUUAUUGUUGAAAAAAUGCAUGAUGAUGAUGUACUUGAAACAGCUGCUAAAACAUUAGAAGUUAUGUGUCAAGAUGAACCAUCAAUAUUUACAAAAUGUGAUAUAUCAAGAUCAACAUUAAUUGAUUCAAUUGUUAAUAAAUAUAAAGAAUCAAUUGAUGAAUAUAGAAAUUUAAUUGAAGGUGCUGAAAUACCAGAUGAAGAUGAAAUAUUUAAUGUUGUACAAUCAUUAAAAAAAGUAUCAAUUUUUUUUAGUUGUCAUAAUAUGAAUCAUUGUGGUAUAUGGAAUUCAUUAUAUAAAGAUAUACAAGAUGCCAAGGAUAUUACUAAAAAAUUUCCAGAUAAAGCUAUUAAAUAUUCAAUAAGUUCAUGUUUUUUUUCAAUAUUAUGGGGACAACAUUAUAUUAUGGAAGAAAAAGAUAUGGGUACACGUGGUGAAGAUGAAACACAUGAAUUACAUGAAAGAUUAAAUAUGUUUAUGGAUUUAAUGAGACAUUUUAUUAUUGGUAAUGAUAAUGUUAAUGAUAAUGAUAAAACAAUCAAUAAUUCAGCAAUAUUACGUGAAGAAGCAUACAAUACAAUAUGUGAUUUACUUGUUGUUUUUUGUAAUCAAUUAUCAACAAAUAGUAAUCCUUUACUUCAUAAACUUGUUUAUGAGCCUGAUUUAUCAAUGCAAAAUAUGUUAAAUGAAUUUAUACAAGAAUAUGUUUUUUGUGAAGAACAAGAUAAUCAACAUGAUGAACAUUCAAAAAUUGAAGAGUUACAUAAAAGAAGAAAUUUUUUAGCUGGUUAUUGUAAAUUAAUUGUAUACAAUAUGAUACCAACAAAAUCAGCAGCAGAUAUAUUUAAACAUUAUGUUAAAUAUUAUAAUGAUUAUGGUGAUAUUAUUAAAACAACACUUGGUAAAGCUAGAGAUAUUAAUAAAACACAUUGUGCAUUGACAAUGCAACUUAGUUUAAAUAUACUUUAUAAUGAAAUUGCUGAAACACAAAAAAUUGAUAGAGGUUGUCCAGAAUUAUUGGCAAUUAAAGAACUUGCUAAAAGAUUUGCUCUAUCAUUUGGUCUUGAUGCUGUUAAAAAUCGUGAAGCAAUAACAGCACUUCAUCGUGAGGGUGUAUUAUUUGCAAUAACACCACCAGAUGGACAAGAAUUAGAUCCAACUGGACCACCACCAAAUUUACCAUAUCUUGAAAUACUUGCUGAAUUUACAAAUAAAUUAUUAAAACAAGAUAAAAAACUUGUAUUAAAUUUUUUGGAUAAAAGAUUACAAGCUGGUAUGCCAUCAUCACGUGGUGAAGAUUGGCAACCUUUAUUGUUGUAUAGAAAUAGUUUAUUACACGGUGAAUCUGAUCAAGUACCAGUAACAAGUAAAAGAGCAUAUACUAGACGUAAAAAAGAUCAAUUAGCUGAAGAAGAAGAAACAGAAGAACCUGAAGAUGGAUCAGAUCAUGAAUUUACAGGAAAACAAAAGAAAAAAAGAACACCCAAAAAAAAUACAGCAGCUAAUGCUGGUAAAUCAACAAAUCCAAAAUCAUCAUCAACAACAACAAGAGCAAACUUUUUUGAUUCUGGUGAUACAACAAUGGCUAAUCAUUUAUCUCCAACUCACACUAAUGAUGAACUUUCAAGUCCAUUGCAUCAACACGAAAUGGACAAUCAAUUUCAAGCAAUGCAAAUACAAACAUCAAAAGGAAAAAAACAUCACGAGAGUUUUGAGACAAAAGAACUUCGAAGAACAUCCAGAAAUUCUGGAAGAUAUGUACGAGGCCAGUACAAUGAAUCUGAUUCAGAGUAAAAGAAAAA